AUGUGUUAUUACUUGGAAUAUGUGUAUGAGUGUAUGGACCGCGAAACUGGGCCCCUGGUCCGGUACUGCGAUGGCUACAACAAGUUUUGCCAUGAAUGCGAACUUCAUGGCAAGGACACCGAACCAGGAGAAAUCCCAUGCCCAGGGAAACAUGAAGAAGUUAUGGUAAUGGGCAGCGGCGAUGUUGAAGAACGAGCCGGGCCUUGUCUUGAUUGUCGAGAGUCUGUCUUCAUCAGCGAAGAAGAUAUUUACCGGGAGUUGCAAUAUAUAGUCGCACGCUGGGAGGACGAUGGCCGAUGGUCAACUCAAAAGAUGCAGAGAGCUAUGGAAAGGCUACAUCUGCCUGUAACAGUAGGGACACGCAGCAAUCGCUGGUCGAGAAUGCGUUUCGCCUUAGAAUCAAGGAAAUGCUAUAAUGACGAAGCCCAGAGACAAGAAAAAGGGGUUCGAUUUCUCGCGAAACAUGUGAAGGAUGGAGACAAAUAUAUCUCAGACUUUGUGGCGAUCGUGAGCAAAACCAAAGCCGCUCACGACGAUAAUAUCAGACAACUCGAGCGCAAAACCCUAGAACAAUUUCGACAAAGCGCUGUACGAAAUCUGCGGAAUCUUGAUAUGUCUUAA